GUGAAUGGUCCUUGCUUUCUCUUUUCCGCCGGGCAAGCAAACCGAACGGCAAAUUCAAUCUUAUGCAGUAUAUAUUAUGCUCACGAGGGAGACAUUUCAACUUAUAAGCUACACAUUGAAAUUAGUAUUAGAAGGUUUUUACAAGACAUUUUCCUAAGACCUCAACCGUGAUGGAGGGGAACACCGACCUCUUUGGUAUCCUGAUAUUUAUUGUCACUUUUGGUAUUCCAAACGGAGCAAUGGCAACCUGUGCUCCACCCAAUGAAGAUUUUGUUGCUUUCAAUGGACGCUGGUAUAUUCAACCAAGUGCAAGUAAAUCCAGUUUCAGCUCAGUAAGUUGUCCAAGCGGCUCAAGAAUGGCCACGGCUCAGAAUGAAGAUGAUUAUAAGGCCAUCUUACAUUUCCAUCAAAGAAAUGGUGCCGAAAUGUGGGUUGGCUUCAAAAAUCCCAGUGGCAGCAACACUUGCACAAAUGACGGGUGCAAUAACUUGAUUGAAUGGGUGGAUGGCACAAAGUUUACUUAUCAAUCUUUCAUGACGCAGGGGAUCCGAAUGAAAGGUGGAGCGGAUUGCUUUGCAUUGUUCGACUCUGGGGAAAUUGUGGGAGAAACGAGAUGUAAUACCAGAGCCUACUCCUAUUUGUGCCAAUCAACGUGCCAAGGGGCGUACACGCCAUGUUUCGAAUCACCACCCCCUGUGGGUGGAACUACAAAGCGAACUUCUAAUUGGGAUCAAACAACAAAAGACGUCAACAUUGUUAUCACGUAA